GACGCUUUCUUAACUCUCGCUGGAGCUUGAGAGGCCAGACAUAUCGACAGAUUCACUCGUUCGAGCAAUUCGGGCGAUUCUGCUUCCCUGCAUCCACUCGAGGAUUCGUUGAUCGGUCGAAUUUGGUUGCAAUCAUGUCUGCCGGAGGCGGUCAGAUGGUGUCGUUCACGAAGGUCAUCCUUCCUGCGGUCUUCGCCUCGUUCGUCCCCGCCUACCUCUUCUGGGAUUUGGCCCGGAACCGGAAAGUCUUUGGAGGAACAUGUGCUGCAAGCUACGCUGACAACAACUGGCAGAAGGAGACAAUCGCGAAGUUCGACUCUGGCUGGCCAAGAGAGGCCGGUUCCCCUGUCGUCAUGAACCCCAUUGGUCGCCAAAAUUUCUCCAAAGUAUAGGGAUAGGCUACAGAUUGAGAUAUGUAAUGGCCUGGAAGCGCAUGUUGCUGCACGUCGAGGCUAGAAGGGUUUGCUUGAGAAUUACAAUUAUUAGCAGGUAUCAAAUGUCGACUCUGCUCCAAACCUUAAGGUAUCAAACAUAGUAGCUCUUUUGUGCCGAGAGUUUCUCAGAGUUCAAAAUCACAUCUGGAAUAAUUUGGUUCCAGUUGUUUGCCGCAGUCAUGAGUUAUUUUUCGAGCUCUCCCUGCCCUGAAUAGUGGGCGAGGAUGAGAUGUUUGGACGAAUGAGAACAGUUUAAAACUCAAUAUUUGUCUAUUUCCAAUGUUUCUUCUCGCCGGUUUAUAUUUCAAAAAAUCUCUCCUCAACGGCAACAUUGUCAAGUAAAGCUACGGUUAUCGUCUCGCAUGCUUAUUUGUUGUGAUCGGGCCACAAUUUUUAGUCAUGAUCGUGGUUGUAAAUGAGCCAGCUCUGUGCUGAUUGGACUCGGGACAAGCUCGCGCAGAUGUUUAUGACUAUCUCUGAUAAUUCAAAGCUUGUCUUAUAUAUA